AUGCUCCCCAGUGUGUCGGCCAUGGCCCCGGCCUCCACCGAGGGCCCUCCCUGCUGGGGUCCAUGCGAGUCUCCCGGGCAUUUCUACCUUAUCGUUUUUGACGACGAGGAGGCCCACGGGCAGAUCGUCAAACGUCACUGGGGGAGGCUCAGUUGCGAGGAGAUGCUCCACAGGAAGUCCUUUGCCUUCCAAAUCGACCUUUCAAGUGGUCGAGACUUCUGGAAAUCAGUGGAAGUGCACCAAAGCGUGCGAAACCGAUUUUGGUAUUUCACGUUCGCGGCGUGCGACGUUGACAUCGAAAUCGCUCCUUCCUUCGAAAUCCAUGCAGUAAACUCGCGGCAGGGUUUCGAGCAAGAGUUCGGCAUGGACCAGCGCGGAACGCUGCUGCUGCAGAUUGCGGCGGCUGCCUGCUUCUUAUGUCUUGGGUUCCUUCUUCGCUUCGCCGGUCGCGUUGCCACCGGCUCGGAGGCACUUCGUUCUAGACCUCUUCUGAGGAUCCUUCUUGUCUCAACCUUCCUGUCGGCGGCAGGCCAGCGCCGUCACAGUCGUGGCCGUGCUGGCUCCUGCCUGUCCUUGCAUUGGGCCGUCUAUGCUUCAGACGGCGUGGGUGUACAGUGGUUGGAGGUUGCUGGGACCGGGUUCGUGGUGAUCGCCAAGGCCUUGCUGUCGAUCCUGCAACUGCUGCUUGCCAAAGGCUGGGCGUUGUUUUACUCGCCGCAGCAGCUGUUGCAGAGGCAGCUUAUGGUUUGCUUCCUAGGGCUCAUCAUCGCCAUCUCGGUCGGAUGUGAGAUCCAUGCCGUGUUCUUUCACGACUGGAGCGCGCAGAUUUAUGUCUACGAGAGCUGGCCCGGGACGAGCGUCCUCGCCAUGAACACGGUGCUCUUUCUGGAGGCAUGGCGCUCCAUGCGUGACACCAUACAAGUGGAGGUCGCGGUAGAAGUGCGCAACUUCUACGUCUGCGUCUUCGGUGUCUGCAUCCUGUAUUUCCUCUCUUUGCCAAUCGUCGUCACCUUGGCUUCACUACUGGAUCCGUGGGCACGGGCCAAGUGGGUUGACCGCGUGGAGGUCGGCAGCCGACUGCUGGCGACUUCCUUGCUGGGCUUCCUGCUGAGGCCCAGCAGGCUCGAUGUGCUGAUCAACGCGCGGAUGGAGGAAGGCAACGGUAUGCUGGGGGAGCCCUGCGAGGAGUUCCUGGAGGAGGCGACCUGUGAGGAUGUUCCCAGGGGCCAGAUCAUCUCAGCUGCAGGAACGGUUCCACUGAAGAGCAGUACCCCUGGCUCGCCUGUGAAGCCGCUCAAGGAGGCCGCGGAAGAAGCCGGCGGCAGUCCUGCUGAGUGA